AUGUCAAGCGGGAAGUCGAAUGACGGGAAGAAUGGCUCGACAGAUCCUGAUGAUGAAUUUGUCGUGCCUCAUAUGGAAAUCGCUUGCACAUUAAAUUCUGUUGCUUACAUGCGUGUACUGGAGGAGCCUUUUUUGUAUCUUCACAAUUGGGAUACUUUGAACGUUAAUGUUCAGAAAGCAGCUAUGGAGGCCUUCCUCGAGGAAGCUCAAGAUAUUAAGAACUACUUGAACUCCAGCGAAGCAGCCUGUGUGAUGCCUGCUGAAUCUAUCGAAGUUGGUUCAGGGCCUGAAUCUUGCGCUUCUGCUUCAGCGUCAACAAAAUCUGAUAAAAAGAAAUCUAAAAAAUGA